CUUUUCUAGUUUACAUAACUCGCCGCCGUUCACGCACCAGGUUAACGUUCUUUUCUUUUUUUUCACUCUCAUCCACCAGGUAACGGAAAGAAGCAGAAGAACGGCAGCAAAGACAAGGAACCGACGCCGCCAAAGGAACAGCCUCUAGUCAACGGAAAUCACGACAUGAAUGGCCACGCGUCUGAUUCGGUGGCGCCGACGGAACAGCAGAACGGCGAGACGAAGAAAAAGUCCGACUCGGAAGUGAUGGAGAUCAUUCAGGACGCCGGGUUUACGGUGCAGAUUAUGUCGCCCGGGGUGGAGCCACUGUCGAUUCAAGUUUCGAGCAUGGAACUGGUGCAGGAGAUUCAUCAGCUGCUGAUGGACCGGGAAGAUACGUGCCAUAGGACGUGCUUCUCGCUGCAGUUGGAUGGCGUAACGUUGGACAAUUUUGCCGAGCUGAAGAACGUGGAGGGGUUGAAGGAGGGUUCGGUGAUUAAGGUUGUGGAGGAGCCGUACACGAUGCGUGAGGCGCGGAUUCACGUGCGCCAUGUGCGGGAUUUGCUCAAGUCGAUGGACCCGGCGGACGCUUACAACGGGGUGGAUUGCAGUUCGUUGACGUUUUUGCACACGAUUACGGCGGGGGACAUUUUGGAGAAGAAGAAGGGCCGAUCGGACAGCGUGGAUUGUACGCCACCGGAGUACAUCAUGCCUGGGGCGAAGGAACGGCCACUGUUGCCGCUGCAGCCUGGCGUAGGCAAGAAGGGACCGCAGCCGUUGAAGGUGCUCACGACCUCGGCGUGGAAUCCGCCGCCCGGUCCGCGGAAGUUGCACGGAGAUUUGAUGUAUCUGUACGUGGUCACGAUGGAGGACAAGCGGUUCCACAUUUCGGCGUGUCCUCGUGGGUUCUACAUCAACCAGUCGACGGACGAUACGUUCGAGCCACGGCCGGACAAUCCGAGCUAUCUGUGCCACUCGUUGAUCGACUUGCUGUCGCAGAUUUCGCCCACCUUCCGUCGGUGCUUCGCCCAGAUGCAGAAGAAGCGCACCCAGCGCCAUCCGUUCGAGCGCGUCGCGACCCCUUACCAGGUGUACACGUGGUCUGCCCCGACCCUGGAUCACACAAUCGAUGCCAUCCGAGCGGAGGACACGUUUUCCUCCAAACUCGGCUACGAAGAACACAUCCCCGGUCAAACGCGCGACUGGAACGAAGAACUCCAAACGACGCGUGAACUUCCCCGGGAAACCCUUCCCGAGCGGCUACUCCGCGAACGUGCCAUAUUCAAGGUUCACAGCGACUUUGUCACGGCGGCAACUCGCGGUGCCAUGGCCGUCAUCGACGGUAACGUGAUGGCCAUCAACCCGGGCGAGGACGCCAAAAUGCAAAUGUUCAUCUGGAACAACAUCUUCUUCUCACUCGGGUUCGACGUCCGGGAUCACUACAAAGAACUCGGAGGAGACGCCGCGGCGUUCGUCGCCCCGCGUAACGACCUGCACGGAGUUCGCGUCUACUCGGCCGUUGACGUCGAAGGCCUCUACACGCUCGGUACGGUCGUUAUUGACUACCGAGGUUACCGAGUCACCGCACAGUCCAUCAUCCCCGGAAUCCUGGAACGUGAACAGGAACAAUCUGUCGUGUACGGUUCGAUCGACUUUGGCAAGACGGUCCUCUCGCACGAAAAGUACCUUGAACUGCUAAACAACGCCGGCAAGCACCUCAAAAUCUACCCGCACAGCGUACUCAACGACGACGAGGAAGAAAUCGAACUCUGCUCGUCCGUCGAGUGCAAGGGAAUCAUCGGUAACGACGGGCGUCACUACAUCCUGGACCUGCUCCGAACCUUCCCGCCAGACGUCAACUUCCUCAAGCUGGACGAAGAGCUCAGCAAGGACUGCAAAGCGUUCGGCUUCCCGAUCGAGCACAAACACAAGCUGAGCUGCCUCCGCCAGGAACUGCUGGAAGCGUUCAUCGAGAGUCGCUACCUGCUGUUCAUCAAACACGCCGCCUUCCAGCUGCAGCAACUCAACACGAACAAGCGCCAGCAGAAACAGGACACGCCCAAGGAAGAAACCAAAGCCAUCGAACCUGCUGCCAAGGAGGACAGCGCCAACAACAACAAGGAAGAACCCGCCGCCAAAAAAGGGGAACCGAAGGCCGCCACAGGCGGAGUGCCAAAGGUCGAGACGGAGGAGGCGAAAAAGCUGAUGGAAUCGCUGCUGUCCAGCGAUGAGAAGAACGAGAGUCGCGAGGUGGUGAAGCGUGCCUGCGAAGCGGUCGGUUCGCUCAAGGAUUACGAGUUUGACAUUCGCUUCAAUCCGGAUGUGUACUCGCCCGGCAUCCAGCACGUCGACAACCCGAACGCCGCAAACUCGAUCAAGAAGCAGAAGCAGCUGGUGAAGGACGCCGCAGAGUUCCUGGUGAAGCACCAGAUCCCGAGCUUCGUGCACGACUGCCUCGAUCACACCGCAGCACCAAUGGACGGUUCAACCCUCACCGAAACCCUCCACAGCCGAGGCAUUAACGUGCGCUACCUCGGAAAGGUCGCCAACCUGCUGGCCAAAAUCAAGCAGCUCGAGUACCUGCACACGAUUGCCGUCUCUGAGUUGAUCAUUCGCGCCGCCAAGCACAUCUUCGUCACCUAUAUGCAAAACACGGAAAUGAUGAGCAUGGCCGCGGCCAUCAGCCACUUCCUAAACUGCUUCCUCACGACGGCAACCAGCGUGUCGAGCGAAUCGGACGUGCUCACCAAGUCCGGCUCGUCCGGCAAGCAACAGCGCAAACAGAACAAACGCACAGCCGCCGGAGGCGGUAAGGGCGGCAAAUCUUCCUUCCAGUGCACCCAGGACAACAACGAGUGGCAACUGCUCACCUCGAAAUCACUCUGGGCCCAGAUCCAGCAGGAGCUCAAAUCCUACUGGGACUACGAUCUGCUCCCAGCUGGGACCGUCGAUUCCGCGGACCCCGUCGUCACGCACAACCAUCUGCAGAAAAUCAGUCUCCUGCGUGCAUUUUGCCUCAAAACCGGCGUCCAAAUCCUGCUCCGCGAGUACAACUUCGAGACCAAAAACAAGCCCACCUUCAACGAGAACGACAUCGUGAACGUGUUCCCGGUGGUGAAGCACAUCAACCCGCGUGCCUCGGACGCGUACAACUUUUACACCACCGGGCAGACCAAGAUCCAGCAGGGCUACUUCAAGGACGGGUACGACCUGAUUAGCGAGGCGCUCAACCUGCUGAACAACGUGUACGGCGCGAUGCACCCGGAGAAUGCGCAGUGUUUGCGGAUGCUGGCCCGGCUCAGUUACAUUAUGGGAGACCCGCAGGAGGCGCUGGCGAUUCAGCAGCGCGCGGUGCUGAUGAGUGAGCGGGUCAACGGAAUCGAUCAUCCGUACACGAUUGCGGAAUAUGCUCCCCUCGCGCUGUACUGCUUCGCCAACAGCCAAAUCAGCACUGCCCUCAAGCUGCUGUACCGCGCCCGGUAUCUGGCCACGAUCGUGUGCGGCGACAACCACCCGGACAUUGCCCUGCUGGACAGCAACAUCAGCUUGAUUCUGCACGCCGUCGGAGAGUACGAACUUUCGCUGCGCUUCCUCGAGCACGCCCUCGCUCUGAACAUCAAAUACUACGGUGAAAAGUCCCUGAAGGUGGCCGUCAGCUACCACUUGGUGGCGCGGACACAGAGCUGCAUGGGCGACUUCCGGUCGGCGCUGAACAAUGAGAAGGAAACGUACGCCAUCUACAAGCAGCAGUUGGGUGAGGCCCACGAAAAGACCCAGGAAUCGUCCGAGUGUCUGCGCCACCUGACCCAGCAAGCGGUCGUACUGCAGAAGAAGAUGAACGACAUCUACUCGAACGGCAAGCUGACGACGGGUCUGCCGCCGAUUCACAUCCAGCCACCGUCGAUGGGCUCGGUGCUGGACAUGCUGAACGCAAUCAACGGUAUUAUCUUCGUACAAAUUAGUUCCAAAGAGAUUGCCAACCUGAAGAACGAGAUCGAGAAGCGCCAAAAGGAGGGCGGUGCCGCGGGAGAAUCCAGCGUGGCGCAGGCCAACCAGGAAGAGGUGGACCGUCUGCUGACGGAGACGAUGGCCAAAACGGCGGCCGGCAUCCCGUUCGAGGAGCAGGACAAUUACGAGCUUCCCUUGCCAGCGGCGACGACCGGUGAUGAGGCCAGCAGCAGUAGUAAAGCCAACCCGGUGGCCUCGUCCAGCUGAAAAUCUGGCCGCUAUUUAACUCAUCAUCCCGCGCGGCACUGAAAAGAACACAAACACACACAAAAGCACACUUUUCUACUGAAAACACACAACUUAUACAAUAAUCAUCAAGAAGGAAGGAAAGAAAGAAGAAGUUAGUUCUUUAGUUGAGUUGAGAGAACAAAUAGGUUGCGUUUGUUUUUUCCCUAGUUGGUACGCCCCAGAGGUUAGUUUUUGGAGCGGAUUUAGAAGUUGAGCUUUAGUUUUGUUAAACGUGAGUAGAAGAUGAAGGAGAAAACUUUGUUCAAUAAGUCUCGCGCGAUCACUGUUUCCCUUUCCAACUCGUUAUUAUUUCCUAUAUUUUUUUUACUUUUAAUUUUAGAGAGCUAGACGCUUUUUUCCGUAGAGUUUUAGAAUGUUAUGCAGCUUAAACGACGCACAUAAAGAAGCGAUUUCCGUUUUGCCACCACAUUUUGUAUUCUUUCGCGAUUCUCUUUGUUACAAAAGUAAAACAAACUAAAAGAAAACAUGUUACAUGAAAAACGGUCAAACCAAACUAAAAGACACCGUGCAAUAAACACACACACAUAAACAUGCUUGCAAUAAAAAAAGGAGAAAAAAUUAAAAUAUAUCAUCAAAAACUCAUUCAAAAUGCGCUCUAGUCAGCGAUGUUCAUCAACUGAAAAGCAUGAAAAAAACAAAACCAUAAUUAUACCCAAGAAGGAAAAAAAAAUAAGCAAAUUAUGCAAACAAAACCCCAAUUUAAAAAACACAACUCUCCUCUUAGGUAGUCGGUAGGAUUCCGAAAGAGAAAAGAAGAAGGAAAAAAAUUACGGAACAAGAUUUUAGUUUCUAGUUAGUGGUGCCGAAGAAGGUGCAAAACUGACUGUGGAAGUGUGAAUCAUACACAAGCAAGCAAGCAAACAACAAUACCAAGUAGAGAAACCCAUGUAGACUUUCGAAUUGUGAGGAAAUACAUUAAAUUUGCGAAGAAUGAUUGAAAAUGA